AUGAAUGGAAAGUGCCCUGCAGAGAUGAAAGUAACUGUGCACGAAGGUGGAACAUACCAAGUACAUUUUGUGUCGACCCACAUUGGUCACAAACAAGAUUUAACGCACCUGCCCCUGAGUCAAAAAGACCGGGAAACCAUAGCAACAGAUAUUGCAAUGGGACUUCCGUAUGACAAAGUUCUAGAUAACGUACGGACAAGUUUGCAGGAUUCGGACUUGCAGAGAAUCCAUUUGACUACCAAGCAAGACUUAUAUAACAUUGCAGCAAGCUAUAACCUCUCCUCCAAGUCGGUCAGACAUAAAAAUGAUGCAAUCAGUGUCGAAGCUUGGGUAAAAGAAAUGAACGAAAGUGAGAAUCCGUCUGUGUUAUUCUAUAAACCACAAGACUCGACUAGUGAACAUCAAGAACUGAGGAGUGAGGAUUUUGUAUUAGUGAUAAUGAACAGAGCACAACGCGAAAUGUUAUCAAAAUAUGGAGAAGACUGUAUCUGUAUUGAUGGAACCCAUGGGCUUAACGGGUAUGAUUUCGAAGUGACCACUCUCUUAGUACUGGAUGAUCUCAGGCAAGGAUUCCCAUGUGCAUUUCUAAUUUCGAACAGGAAGGACGCCGAUGUUUUAAGUAUAUUUUUGCAGUACGUAAAAUCACAGGUUGGACCAAUUUGCCCGAAUGUAUUCAUGUCUGAUUUGGCAGAGUCAUACAGUAUUGCAUGGAACAGGACAAUGGGUGCUCCUAAGAUGAGACUCUAUUGUACCUGGCAUGUGGACAGAGCAUGGAAAACUAAUAUCAAGCGGAAAAUUUCAGAUCUGGAUAAAAGAAAUGAGGUGUAUCGGCUCAUUAAAUCAGUCUCAAUGCUGAGAAAUGUAAGUAUGUUUCGGGAAUCACUGCAAAAAGCACUGCAGAAGCUCAGUAGUGACCCUGACACAUCAGAAUUUGCUUCAUACUUCAAGACACACUAUGAGGGAAAUGUGGAGUGUUGGGCCUACUGUCACAGAAUGUAUGCUGGUCUCAAUACCAACAUGCAUGUGGAGAGUAUGCAUAGGACGUUAAAGGAAAUACAUGGUAAUGCAAGACAGAUAAAACGACUGGACAAAGGCAUAUCUACACUAAUGUCCCUAGUUACAGCCAAGAUGUUUGACUGGCUUAUAGCAAAUGUAAAAGGGAAGGUUACAAGCAAAGUUCAAGACAUUCGUAAUAAACACAAAACUAGUUUGUUAAUGGACAAGGACCUCAUCACUGAGGUAGAUGGUGGUUGGGAAGUGCCAUCCACAUCAUCUUCAGAGGUCUACAUUGUUAAAGAUAACAGAGUCAACUGUGAGUGCAAAUUAAAAUGUAGUGAUUGCAAUGUGUGCAUACAUAGGUAUUACUGUACAUGUAUGGAUUACAGUAUUAGAUUCAAUAUGUGUAAGCACAUUCACACUGUUUGCCGAGAUGACAGUGUCGGUGAAAAUCCCCUGCAAAGUCCAGAGGUACUGGGUACUGAUGUUGAUGCCACCAGUGAGAGAGCAGCAAUAUUAGCUGAAUUAAGCACAAAAUAUGUUUCAAAAACACCAAAAUCUUUGUUAGAAGGGAGACAGAAGCUUAUUUCAGAGUUUUCCAAUAUUGUCAGUGGAAUGUCUGAGACUGAACUUCAGUUGGCCAAAAAAACUGUGUUAUCCUUAAAGGCAAAUGUAGGAGCUGUUCGAGCCCGAAACAGUUAUUUCAAACAAACAGAUAAGGGCCAGAAAAGAAAGCUAAUACCACAGCAGAGGCUGUUUUCUACCAAGAAGAAAACAGCACGUAAUAUUUCUCUGGCUGUUCCAAAUGCUGAAGAAAGAUGUGAAGUAGUAAAAUCACUUCUGAAUGAGGAGCUCAACAUGAAUCAUGAUGUUCCUGCGGAGCAUAGUCGUGCCGUGCCAGAUGUACAGCAUAGCAAAACAGGGCUUGACACCAAUAAUCACUUGCAUGUUGUAGAACAACCACACAGUAUGUUAUGGCAGUCAGGUAUUCACCAUGGUGCAUCAGGGCUGGACAUGAACCACAUUGUUGCUGUGCAGCAUGGUUAUGCCAUACCAAUUGUGCAGCACAGCACAACAGGUAACACUUAA